ACCUCCAGGGUCCGAAUGUUUACAUUACAAACAUUCGGUUCCAGCGCCACCAAUCGGUCAGCCCCUCAGCAACAGAACAAGAAACAAAAUGCAUUCCUGCUUCACCUGCCCGACAAAUCACAGGUAAUAAAACCGUGUGGCCCCAGUCUGAGCUGAGAGUUAGCCGUGUAGGUUCGCUUCAAGGACGCAGCAGAGCAGAAGAGCAGGAGGGCGCAGGAAUUGGAGAAGGACGAGGUGGACAUGCUCUCGCAGGACGCCCAGCUCUCAGGCAGACUCAACCCUUGCGCAGAGGUGCCGGAGCACCCGCAGGCCGACCCCCAACAGGAAGCCCCCGGCGACCCGUCUGCCCCCGCGGCUGCCCCCGCUGACGUCUCGGACUUUUGCGAAAAGGUGGACGCUGCAGAGGAGGCUUGCUUGACCAGCGUGGCGCUUGAUUCCAUGAGCUGCACCAUGUGUCCGUCGGGGUUGCUGAACCCCUUCUUGACCGGCGACACCGACGCGUUGGACGUGCUGCACGCCGCCACCGAAGCCGCCCUCGCCGUCAGCAACGGCUCCGGCUCGGCCGCUGCCCCGAUCGACGAUUUUUCCGUGAGGGAUCAUUCUGAUACUCCAAGCUACUUCAGUCUCCCAGACAAUGUCUACAACUUCAACAUCUCCGACUGCCUGGGGAUCCCCGAUGACCCCCAAGGCCAAUACGUGUCGCGAAACUGCGUUGUCUUUACUAACUACAGCACCCGCGACGCUGCCACCGAGGUUGAAUACCAUUUCAAUCGCUCCUUAAAUAAAGAGCACGGGCAAACGAUUUUGGGGAAACCAUCCGUGUUCGAAUUGAGAAACAAGCUGACAACGGACAACACCUACGGCAGCCACAUGACCCACUGUCCCACCUAUUCAUCGAAAAGGAGCACCAACUCUUUGCCGCUAUCUGCUGGGUCGUACCCUUCGAUGAGUCACGGCCCGCGGCCGCUGCAGUGGUCUCCAUCGCUGCCACAGGCCUUCAACCCGUCUCCUAGUCGCUGCCCCUUGCCCUCAGUGCAUGCGUUCAACGCGUAUUGGAGCGGCGAGUACCACAGCGCCUCGUGUCCCAACACGCCGCUGCAGCACCCCACUGCCUCUGGACAACAGGUCUUUCAGUUCAACUCAUCCAUCACUGCAGGAAGUGACUCUUCUACAGUCGUGCCCCAGCAGCGUGAGUUCUGGUACUAGUGAGCAAAAAGGAGACCUCCACGUAACUAGAGAUUUGCCCUAUAUUUCCUCCUCCAGAACUAAUUUAUCCUGUUUUCCAUAAAUUUGUCAAAAGCUGUGUUAAUUCUUCAGUUUCUGUUUUAAUUUAUUGCAAUUUUACGAAAAUUUGCACUAUGUAUCAUGGCCCAAAAUUUAGUACAAAUGCACGUUCAGGUAUAACAUAA